AUGAUCUACGAUCUACCUGCAGACCCAGCAUACCCUGCGACGUUCGCAGGCGCAGACACGCCCAUCAUCAUCGACAACGGCACCCAUCACGUCCGUGCAGGCUAUGCAAACGCUACCUCACCACACCUCGAUAUCCUCAAUCUCUCUAGCAAAACACGGAUAAAGAAAGCAAACGACUAUGUCGUCCUUGCAGGGCAUGACUGUGUGCUCGAUACAAGUUCACGGUCAAGUGCGCGAUCACCGUAUGAUGGCUCCAUCAUCACGAAUUGGGAUUCCAUGGAGACAAUUUUGGAUUAUACAUUUUUGAAACUCGGUCUUGCUGGGCAAGAAACGACGAAUCCAAUAGUCAUGACAGAGACAAUCUGUAACUUACCGGCGAGUCGCAAACAGAUGAAUGAAUUGCUGUUUGAAUGCUAUGGCGCACCUUCCGUGGCAUACGGUAUUGAUCAUCUCUUCUCCUUCCAUGAAAAUGGUGGACAUUCUGGUAUUGUCAUUGGUUCAGGACAUCAAGCAACCCAUGUACUGCCCGUGCUACAAGGCAAACCUCUCCUCGAACACUGCAAGCGGUUGAGUCUCGGCGGCUUGUCUGUUUCUUCCUUCCUCUUGCGUCUCCUGCAGCUCAAGUAUCCAAAUUUCCCCAUCAAAGUGACAGCGGCACAAGCUGCACAGAUGGUCAAGGAUCAUACAUAUGUCUCAACAGACUACGACAAUGAGCUCAAGUCCUUCCUUGGAAGUUGCUUGACAGAGAAAGACAUUGGCAUCCAGUUCCCCUACGUCGAUACAACGGAACCUGAAAAAACGGCUGAAGAACUCGCUGCGAUCGCGCAACGUAGAAUAGAGAGUGGCCAACGUCUCCAACAAGCCGCUGCUGCAAAACGAUUGGAAAAAUUGGUUCAAGCAGAACAAGACCUCGAUGCCUAUCUUGAGCUCAAAAAAAUUGGCAAGUCGCUUACAAAGAAGGAUUUCUUGCUGCGACUGCAGUCGGAAAUGAUGGAUUCUGAGCAAAUUCUAGAUACACGCAUUGCUGUCCUUGAAGAACGCAUCAAACGUGCUCGAAACAAAGAUCUCGGUGUCGUGGAGGAGGAGGUGAAGGAAGCGCCUGAUUUCUCACUUGUUGAUGUACCGGAUGCGCAACUUGAUGAAGCAGGAAUCAAAGCGAAACGUGGGCAACGAUUGCUCAAGUACAGCUAUGAUGCGCGACAACGUGCGAAAGCUGAAAAGCAAGCACAGCGAGAGCGUGAUGAAGCAGAUCGUCUUGCUGAUAUUGCAAAGAGGGAACGAGAUCUGGGAGAGUGGGUGGCCGGCAAACGUCGUCAACGUCAAGUAUUACUCGACCGUAUCAAGGACCGUAAGAAGCUCAAGGCUGAGCUGCAAGAUCGCAAGAGUCUGGCGAGUCAGAUGCGGAUGAAGAGUAUUGCGGGACUUGCAGCCAAUCCUGAGGCUGGACCUGCAACAAAACGCAAACGCAAGAAUGAUGAUGAUGAUUUCGGUAUGGAUGAUGGAGAUUGGCACGUCUACCGUGACAUCGCCAAUGAGUCUGAUAAUGAAGAGGAGGAAGAGGAAAUCAAGACUGUUCGGCAGCUCGAGACGGAGCUGCUCGAGUAUGAUGGCACAUUUACUGAGCAAGAUACGCUGGAUGCAAAAGCUGAUCCAUCAAAAAGCUUACUACAUGCAUUCUUGCAUGGGCCUUACAAUGCAGAGACAGUCGGGACCUUGCCUGCAGCGCAUCAGCUGCAUCUCAACAUCGAACGCAUUCGCGCCCCUGAAAUGCUCUUCAAGCCAUCUCUUGUUGGUUUAGAUCAAGGCGGCAUCAUUGAAGUGGCAAGCGGCGUUGUCUCUCGUCUGCCGCAAAGCUCUCGCUCCAGCAUUGUCCAGGAAUUCUUCACGACUGGCGGCAACUCCCUUAUCCGCGGCUUCAAUGACCGUCUACGUGUUGACCUACGUGCCAUUCUCCCUGCUGAACAAAAAUUCACCGUCAAAGCAGCACGCGAUCCGUUGCUGGAUGCCUGGCGUGGUGCGGCGAAGUGGGCUAGUGGUGCCAAGUGGAAGCAGUCGAGUGUUACGCGGGCGGAGUAUAUGGAGAUGGGGUCUGACUACAUGAAGGAGCAUGAUCUUGGCAACGUGUCUCUGUGA